CGCCGGGGUGACAGGAGCAGAACAUCGCUCUGCGCCGUACCCGGGAAUUAGCUCUGAAAAUCGCGCUGCGCCCCAGCCCCAUGAACGCGCUGUACGGCGCCACCAGCAUGUGCUUAGCUUGCGAGCCCCGGAUGCCCGCCCUGCCCAGAGCCGAGCCCCCCAGCAAGGGCACCGGCCCCCAGUACUUCACCUUCGACCCCCUGCCUGCGAUGAGCGAGACCCCUUCCCGCAGGAACCCGGCCCGGGGCAGGAAACGACUGCGCAAAGUGCUCUACCCCCCCGUGGUGAAACGCUACUAUCCAGCCAAGGAGCGCAGCCAGGCCAAGCGCCUGCUCUUCAUCCUCCUCACCAUCAUCUUCUUCCAAGUCUAUAACACCGACGAAAACCUGGCCCUGGGGCCCGAGCAGGGGGUCCCCGACUGCUCUGUAGAGAGCGGGGGCUCCGGCUGCGAGACCCCCUUCCCAGAAGUGCUCCCGACGCCCCUGGAGGUCCCAGAAGUGGCCAACGCUACCAGUUUGCACGGGGGCCACGACGCUGCUGACUCCACCAUGGAAAUCAGCCAAUUCCUGGAGCAGAAUCCAGCCGCUUUCUGAGACCCCCACCCAGCCUUUCUCAGGCCAACACCUAAGGGGUCAACCCAGCCUGGGGCCUGGCUCCAGCCACUAAUGGGUUAACUCCGCCUGGCCUUUGGCCAACUCUUUCUGCUGCUGCCUCUGAACUAAGCCGGUGAAGAAUCCAGACGCUUGACGUCAAUAGCAACGUGAAACCUCUUCGGCAGCCGUGAGCAGGGAAUUCCUGGCUCCAGCAGUGACUGAGACUUUGUGUGGGGGGAGGGGUAUUACUGACAUAACUUAUUAAUAUCUAAUAUUUAUAAUAUUUAUACAUUGUGUAAUUUAAAGAUAGUGUGCUAUUUAAUGAUCAAAGCGGAAACAUGCCUGCGAGGAAAAUGCUGCUUUAACCUAGGGUGGAAUAAAACCGUUAAACGUCCUCAUCCGUUUAAACAGGGACACGUAUCUUGCUCUUGUCUCUAGGGGGACUUUAAUUAAUAUUUAUUAGUGCCGUUACCCAGGGGGAGAAACCCCGCUCGUAUUGGUAGCAAAGCAGCCUGAGGCGAGGUGGAGCUGACUGAGGAAUAGCUGGCUGCAAAUCCCAGGGAGGUAUAAAACUAUGGAAAUGCUCCUAGGAGGUGGGGAAAAACUUUGUGACGGCCAAAUCUACUAGAAUUCAACGCUAUAGUUCUCCAGGGGGAGGUCAGGCUGGGUUGCUCUGUGGCAAAACAGCCUCUGCUCCUCGGCUCUCCUGUAAACUAGCUCCUUGAUUGGGGCACAGAACGAAGGAAGUGCUGGUGCGUUGGGCGGAGGGAGAAGUUUGGAGGUUGAAAAUCCAAAUGGGGAAUUUUCUGCCCCUGGGAGGAGGCGAGAAGUCAGGGUAAGACCAGCCUGCACUAAAGAGAUGGCUGACCCCCUGCCCUUCCUUCUCGGACACCCCCCAGCUACGCUCCCGCCCUGGGUGUCUGAACAACAGGGUCCUUGGCUGCUGUGUAUGCUUACUAUGUAAGCUCUUGUGAGAGGCUCUGAAUGCUUCGGAGACCCAGACUUUCCCCGAACUGCCCGAAACUCAGGCUGGUGUUUCCAAGGCGUUUUUGCCCCAAACUCUUUCCCGGACGAGUCGUCCAACCUGUGUAUGUUCUGUGAACAAAAUAAACCUGCUGAAUCCUU